AUGAUGGGACGUGGAGGAUCAUACCGUGUGUCCAGAGGGGCCAGUUUUGCUCAAAUCCUCAAGAAGAACAUGGUAGCCGCACCUGGGUGCUCGUCUUUCGUCCUGCAGCCUGCCCCUGAAUUCAGCACUAACACCAGCACACUUGACCAGGCCAACAACUCGACAGGCAAAAUCAGCUCCAAACCAAAAAACAUCCCUACAGAGCUGAUCGACAGAUACAAGCGAGGAGAGACUCAUGCCGUCUCGUUGCUAUACCAGCUCUCACAGGUGCUACAGUUCCAGGUGGAGAUGAAGGAGACCGUUACUACGGGAGGGAUUGCAGGUUUCUACUUUGCAUUCUGUGCUGUUAUCGAUGGAGUUGAGUAUAAGACUGGGAUGGGCAUCAAUAAGAAAGAAGCCAGGGCCAAAGCAGCGCAGUUGGCCCUGGAGGAGUUACUACCAAUUCUGGAGAAUGACGGUGUACUGCCAGAUGCUUCUGUGGGACCCCCUCCACUGCCGGUGAAAGAGAGAGACUACCCAGAGUCAGUGUCAGAGGCCCAUCCUGGAAGAGCAGUGUUUGAGAGGAAGAAUCCUAUUAAAGACCAGGUGCCCGGUGCCAUUAAGGAGAUGUUCUCCAAGCUGAUGGACAGUUAUCCAGAGUUUUCUGGCUGCGGUGGAACAGUGGCUGCAUUUGUUGCUCAGUCUCCGACUGGCUGUGAAGUGGUGGCUCUUGGUACUGGUAAUUUUAACACUAAGGAGAGCCUAGCACCUAAUGGACGUGUCCUUCAUGACUCCCAUGCUGUGGUGACUGCACGGAGAUCUCUUAUGAGGUAUCUGUACAGGCACCUGUUAUUGUUCUUUAGUAAGAAUCGUUCUUUGGAGGAGAAGUCUAUCUUUCAGCAGGAUCAGAGUACAAAACUACUGAGUCUUAAGAGUCACAUCACUCUGCAUUUGUACCUCAACCAGUUGCCCAAAGGAGCUGCUCAAAUACCUUCUCACCUUCGUCUCAACCCUUUGUCUAUCUCGGCAUGGGAAGUAAAUAAUCAGAUCGGUCUGCAUGUGACGAUUGAUGGGAAAGUCUUUUCUGUCUUCUCCUCUACAUUUGAGCAAAGUGGUUCUCGUGUGGUCAGUAUGUCUGCUACUGACAAGAUCACACAGUGGCAGGUUUUGGGUUUCCAGGGGGCGCUGCUGAGCCACUUUAUUGAGCCCAUCUAUGUCAGUAGCAUUCUCAUCGGCAAUGAGAGCUGCAGUGAUACUCGUGGUAUGGAAGUAGCGAUAAGUCAGAGAGUGGAUGGCAUCACCUCCAAGCUUCCCAUGUACUACUGUGUUUACAGACCACACAUUAGCUUGGUGCCCUCAGUGGUGACCACAGAUGCACAUAGCACUCCAAAGUCUUUCAGCCUCAACUGGAGCCAAGGAGAUGUCUCACUUGAGGUUGUUGACAGCCUGGAGGGUAAAACUGUAGAUGAGUCUCCUUUUAAGAGUGGCCCUGCUCUCGCCAGUCGUCUGUGUAAGGCCGCCAUGCUGAGUCGUUUCAACUUGGUAGCGAAAGAGGCGCAAAGAGAGGAGCUGCUCGCUGCCAUUUCCUACAGGGAGGCCAAGAUGAUGGCAAAGCCAUACCAGGAAGCAAAGAGUGUGCUGAAGUCAUACUUGGCCAUGAGGGGCUACGGACAGUGGGUAGAGAAACCGCCAAUCAGCGAUCACUUUACAAUGUGA